AUGAAGAAAUUGGCGCCUACGUCCAAGUCAACGUUGUGCUGUUCAGUUCAUCAGCAGCAGACUACGUCAGAGUCCACUAAAACAGGCACAGCAUUCAUGAAACGUGCCACCCAAAUAGCAAAAGCUGAAUUGCCAACUAUUUUAAUAACUUCAAAUGGCGACAGCUACUGGGGCACAGGAACAUCCAGGACAACGAACGACCUAAACUCUAGAAGGAUAGCCCAAUCUGAUAUCCUGGCGGCUCCAGGACUGACCACGGUGUCGGAGCAGAAGUUUACGGCAUACAACCAAGACGGCUUCUUUUCACCAGCAUGCGGCGAGACACUCUGCCUACUCGCUUCGGCUUAUGCCAAACCGCAGGGCUACAGCUAUCAAAAUCAGAAAAGCAGUUUCCAAAAUCAACAGAACAGCUUUCAAAUCAAACUCCCGGGUAUUAGUAGCAUAUCAGGCGCGCAACAACAACAACAACACAGCAGUUCUGCCGCAGUCGAAACUCCCAGCUUUCUGCAGCAGGCAUUACAAAAUACAAAACUAGCGCAAUCGCUCAUCAGCGCACCGCCCACCACCUACCUUCCACCCGUCACUGUGAGCGCGCCAGCACCUGUGCCUACCGCUGCAACGCCGAAUAACUUUUAUCAAGGCGCCCUUUUGUCGCAGGUAACACAACAACACUCUGGCUUUCAGCCAAGCCUUUUCUUACAACAACCCGCCCACCCAUCUUACGCGCAACAGCAAUAUCAACAAGGCAACUACGCACAAUCACCAUCUCUGGUAACCAAGGACAUUUAUGUGCAUGUAGCACCCGAGGAGCAGGAGGAACGCUACCAGCGCCCGGUAUUGCCGCCACCACCGCCACGCAAGCACUAUCGCAUUGUAUUCAUUAAAGCGCCAUCACAUAAGACCAGCGCUGCAGCCUUGCGUGUGAAUCAAGCGCCAACCGAAGAGAAGACUAUCAUCUAUGUGCUUACGCGUAAACCGGAUCCAAUUGACUUGCAGGCAACCUACCAAGAGGCAGCACCCAAGCAGCCCAGCAAACCGGAAGUAUACUUCAUUAAGUAUCGCACACAAGAAGAAGCGCAACAUGCACAACGCACAAUCCAAGAGCAAUACGAUCAACUAGGUGGCACCACACAGAUCUCCGACGAAGGCGUUGCGCCAGUCGCUUCGGUAAUUGGAUCGCUGGAUCACAACCAGGGCAACGCAGGCGGUAACAUUGGCAACAGUUUUGGUAUGUCAAGCAGCAGCGCUGGCGGCAGCAACAGUGGCGGGGCUGGCAAAUACCUGCCACCAAUUGUAUAAUUGUAAUUUAAGUUAAUUAGAAUUUUCAUCGAGUUUAAAUUAAUCGACUGAACGCCAUUUUAAAUGCAUCAUAGAAGAGAAAUUUGUUGAAAGGCAGAUAAAAACAGAGCAGAAAGCAAUGGCUAGAUAAAAUAAAUAUCUGUGCG